AUGACGCAAAUUUUACCAAGAACCGAGGAAACACGGUCACGCAGACAGGACGACCCCCAGCUCAUCGCACGCAUAGAGAAGGCAGAGAAGCAGGUAGAGGACCUCGGUCAGCAAGUGGAAAAUCUCAAGAACCAAAUGCCGGAGUUCGACAACCUCAAGCGAUAUAUGAAGGAAGUUGAUAAGACACUGGAGAAAGUUACCUCCGAGGUGAAUAAGAAGAGGAAAUUGGAGGAGAUCGAGGAUAAGAAAAGAGAAUUGACGAGAAAUUUCAAGGAACUAGACGAGGAGGAAUUGAGCAACAGAUAG